AUGGCAAACCGCUACUUCACCCCUUUCCGUAGUGAUGACGGGGAUGAGAUUCGUCGCGCUGCAGUUGAGGCGGCGGCUGCAUUGGGUUCCUGCGGCUGGUGGGACCGUGAGCGCGUUGCAGCAGCAACAGCAGCAGCAGAAGGGAUAGACAGCAACAGCAGCAGCACCAGCAGCCUGCUCUCGCUGGCAAGCCUUCUUGACUCAGCAGCGGAGUACAUGGAGCAGCUUCCCCCUCAUGAGGACUCUAUUCCAGGCUGUAUAUACUUGGGAGAUGCUGGGGUGGCCUAUGCUUUGAUUAGGAAGGCAGAGCGACUAAUGGUAGCUGCAGAGGCAAAGAGGCGCUGCAUACAAACAGCCAGCGGGGGAGAAGCUGCACCAUCGUCAAUCCCCGCAGCAGAAGCAACAGCAGCAGCGGCAGAAGCUGCUGCGGCAUCUAAAACAGCAGAAGAAGCCUUAAAUGAGGCCCUCGCCAUCUUGUCUUCUUCCCAUGAACGAGAAUGCGGAGGCUCAGCAGCAGCAGCAGAAGCAGCAGCAGCUGCAGCAGCAGCAGAAAGGUCCCUGCGGCGCCGCUUCACCUUCCUUCAGGGAUAUGUCGGUCGUUUGGCUCUGACCGCACGGGAGGCGUUCUCUGUGCUGCGUCGGCUGGCAGCAGCAGCGGCAGCAGGGCUGCCACGUAUGCAGCCCGAGGAGUCGAGACAAACCCAGUCGACCAGUGCAGCGGCAGGCCUCUUCAGCGACUGCUCCAACCAAGACACCAGCAGCAGCAGCAGUAGGAGCAGCAGCAGCAGCGGAAGGAGGGCUCAGACGGAGGAGAUGUAUUUGCAGCGUGCUACAACUCUUUCGUUGGAAGGCAGCAGCGCGAGUUUCAGGUGGCCAAUGUCUCUCAACUACGGCAACAGCAAAAGCUUUAGCAGCAGCAGUAGCAGCGGAGGCAGUAGUAGCCGAUUCGACAGCAGCAGCAGCUUCAGCAGAAGCAGCAGCAGCAGCGGCAGCAGAUGCGGCUGUUGCUCGGGCGCAUGUAUGUGCGGGGAGAGAGGCGCAACACGCGUGCUGCUGCUGGCACUAAUAGCGCAGCUGGUGGGGCAGCUAACAGCACAAGGAAGAGCAACAGCAGUCGCUAACGAAGGCAGCAGCAGCAUGCAGCCUUUGGAGCUGGAAGAGCAUGAACGGCUGCUGCCUUCUUCUGCUGCUGCUGCCUUUUCAAAGGCAGAACCUCUCCCGUUGCUCUAUGAGUGGCAUGACAAACAAUAUUUAGGAGCAGCGCAUGGCGUGUGUGGGGUGUUGUUGCAGCUGCUGCAUGCAGUCGAUACUCUAUACCAUGCUGCUGCUGCAGGCUGCUUCCCGGGGCCCUCCAACCGCGCAGCUGCACCUGCUGCUAGCGCUACUGAGACGGCUAGUGGUGCGGGUACCUCAACAGAAGAAGCAGCAUCACGGGAGGAGGCUGAGGCUGCAGCAGCGCGGCUGCUGACUUGCUCUGCUUCUUUCUGCAGAGGGAUGCAGCCGACAAGGGGGUCAGAAGAGGUGCCUGUGUUUUGUGCUGCUGCUACGGCCUUUCUCUGCUGUAAGGACGGGCUUGCUGCUGCUGCUGCUUUAAGAGACAGCGUGCGCAGGUUGUGUCUCUCUUCUCUGGUGGCGCUGCUGCGCUUCCACCUCACAAACUCAGCAAACCUCCAAAGCAGUAUCGGCAGCAGCAGAGAUCUCCUCGUUCAGUGGUGCCACGGGGCGCCUGGUUUGCUGCCGCUCCUCUGCUGGGCAGUCGAUAUACACAGAGACAAAGUGUGCUUGCUGCGGGCCCAGCAGCAGCAACAGCGGGAGCAGCAGCAGCAAGAAGGCGCCGGCGGCCGCAGUAGUUGGGCGUCGUCCGCUGCACCGUUGCGUGCGCAGCAACAGCAGCAGCAGCAGCAGCAGCAGCAGGAGUGUGUGCCUCAGUUGUACCGCCGUCGCUGGUCUAGCGCAGCAGAAGACACGUCUCUUCGUUUAGAAGACUUGAAUCAUUUCAUAGAGUGGGUGGAGGCGCUGGGAGAGACAGUGUUUACUCGGGGUUUACUCAGGAAGGGACUGGGUUUAUGUCACGGGAUAGGAGGUAACGGGUUGUCUCUUUUGUGCUGCUUCAGCAGCACAAAGUCUCCUCGCUGGCUGCGCCGCGCGCUGCUGUUUGCCUUGGAAGGCAUUAGGAGACACCAGCAACUCCUUCGUACACCAGAUAGGCCCUUCAGUCUUUUUGAGGGGACGGCAGGAUUUGCUGUCUUCCUAAGGGACUGCGCAGAGGCGCUGCGUGCAACAUCAGCAGCAUCAGCAGCAGCUGUUGCUGCUGCUAAUCCCGCUGAUGUUGGUGCUGCUGCUGCAGCUGCAGACUACCCGCUGCCUACCACCUACUACUUCGUAGGCUAUCAGUUGCCCCCAUUGCCUUGGGAGCGCGGCUAUUGUUGA